AUGAAAGCAAUGCUUCAUACCUUAUAGAAGAGAGGAUCUAUGACUUUGAUAGAACCGUAAGUUAUGUUUAUUUAAUAACUAGGAUUAAUGAUGGAAUGGAUAAAGUAUAAGAAAAACAUUAGAUAGUAUAGAAUUAUGUAGAUUAAGUUGAUUAAAAAACUGUCAUUGCAAUAGAAAGAGAAGUUAUUUAAAAUAUUAAUUUAGGAAGAAAGAGUGAAUCAGAGAUAUUUUCAUUUAAUGAAUUAAUUGGAAAGAUUAAUGUUCUAGAUCUAAAAGCUUGAGGAAAAAAAAUAAUAAUAAAAAGAGUAUAGUUUAUUGUUUAAUUAGUCUUGAUAAUCAUCCAGCAGUUAAGGAAAUGGUUUAUGAAUUACAUAAACUAUAAAAGUAUUAAAAAGCUUUAUAGGAUUAUCAUGGUAAAAUGGUGGAACAAAUUAAACUAAAUAAUUUAACAAUAUAAUAGUUGAAAUAAACAGUAUAUUAAAAAAGAGUUGAAAUAAGAGAUAUAGUAAGAGAUUCAUUUAGAAUACAAGAUGAAAUAAUGAAGACAAGAUAAGGAAAAAGAGCAAUUUCGAGUAUUUUAUUAUUACUAAACAGUUGUUAGAGAUAGUGCUGAUAUGUUUCUCACGAUGCCAGCUACUAAUAUACCAAAACCUUCAAAUCUACCUAAUAUACCAUUAAAACAUAAAUCAAAGAGUACUUUAUUACAUAUAAUGAGAAAUGCUCAAUCUCCUAAUCAAUAAGAAGUAUUAUAAUUAUUAAUUAUAGAAAGUUAAUGAUAUAGUAUUUGUUUAUAAUAAAGUAUAAUAAUUAAGAAAGAAAGCAGCAUAAUCAACAUUGAUAAUUUAAUAAGUUACAAAUAAGUAUUGUUAAAUAAAAUAGUUAAUGAGUGAAUGUGCUAUGAUUUCAAUAUAAAAUUUUAAAAGUAAAUAAAAAAUAACAAAUAAAAAUGGUUAUGCAAAUUCAAUAUAUUUUGAUAUGAGUACAUUGAAUAUUAGCAAAAAUGAAAGCAGUAUUAUAAAAGAGAGAAAGAUAUAAAAUAUUUUAUAUGAUACAUUAUAGUAAAUAAUGAUUGAUUUAAUCGAUUCACGUUAAAAAACAGAUUUAAAUGGAUCAUCUAUUGCAGAUUCAAUGUAUUUCUAAUGAUUACUUUAUAUAUAGAAUACGCAAUUCUGUAUCUUAAGAAUAAUUUAUGCAAUUUACAUCUGUAUAGAUAUUAGGAUUGCUGGCAUUAUAACCAAGAUUAUUAAAUGAAUUAAUAGGCAUAUUUGAAUUAAAAUAGAAAUAGAUAGGAUUACUAUGUAAUAAGACAAGAUAAUUUUAAAAGUAAUUAGGAUUACAAUAAUGA